AUGGUGUCUUCCAGGUCUGCAAUUACAUGUCUACAGCACACUCUGGUGAGACGUCACCCCGCCAGAGUGCUGCCGUCCUCGCAACAGCUGCACCGGUGCUUCCAGGGUUCGACGAGCUCGCUCCGACCCCGCGCAAACCUUCCAAGUACCAGAACUCUUGGUCAACAGCGCCUUUUUUCCGUAUCUGCGCGUCGGAGGUUUGCAGAUCCUAGCGAGACGUUUGACCCAAACUCAAUUGACCGAGAGAGCGAUGAGGUCGAUGUAUGCAUAAUAGGAGGAGGCCCUGCUGGACUCAGCGCUGCGAUUCGGUUAAAACAACUCGCCAACGAAGCUGGCAAUGAAGAUUUCCGAGUCCUUCUACUGGAGAAAGCCGGCGAAAUCGGGGCGCAUAUUCUUUCGGGGGCCGUCAUCGAGCCCAGAGCUAUCAACGAGCUAAUACCGGACUGGCUGUCCGAAGACAACGAGAACAGAUUUGAGGAUGUCACACCCGUCAAAGCGGAUAAGAUGCGGUUUCUAACCAAGUCGAGCACCAUCCCCAUCCCUGCCCCGCCGCAGAUGCACAACGAUGGCAAUUACAUCAUCAGCUUGAACCAAUUUACGAAGUGGCUGGGAGAGCGCGCAGAGGAGAUUGGCGUCGAAGUCUACCCAGGAUUUGCCGCCUCGGAAGUUCUAUAUAAGCCAGACGGGUCGGUGAAGGGCGUGGCAACCAAUGAUCUAGGCAUCUCCAGGAAAGGGACACGAAAGGAUAGCUUCGAGAGGGGCAUGGAAUUCCACGCCAGAAUUACGCUAUUUGCAGAGGGUUGCCAUGGAAGUCUUACCAAGCAAGUUAUAAAAAAGUUCGACCUUCGGAGGGACAGCCAGCCCCAAACUUAUGGUCUUGGAUUGAAGGAGGUCUGGGAGGUACAGCCGGAAAAGUUCAACAAGGGACAGGUAGUCCAUUCCCUGGGCUACCCAUUACCUGCGGACACAUAUGGUGGUGGUUGGAUGUAUCAUUUUGGUGAAAAUUUUGUCAGUAUCGGCUUAGUCGUUGGGCUCGACUAUCCCAAUCCUUGGCUCUCACCGUAUGACGAAUUCCAAAAGAUGAAGCACCAUCCUCUCUACAAGACUGUCCUCGAGGGAGGCAAAUGUAUCUCAUAUGGUGCGCGAGCCUUAAAUGAGGGAGGCUUUCAAUCGAUACCAAAGGUAUCAUUCCCGGGUGGUGCCCUCAUCGGCGACACCGCAGGAUUCCUCAACGUACCAAAAAUCAAAGGCACUCACACCGCCAUGAAAUCCGGAAUGCUCGCCGCGGAAGCAACAUGGACGGCACUUGGCAACGCGGAUCAAGGAACCGUCUUCCUAUACGACUACGAAGAUAAACUCCGCAAAUCAUUCAUCUGGAAAGAGCUCAAAGAAGUCCGCAACAUGCGACCCUCCUUCCACAGCCCUCUGAAGCUCUACGGCGGUAUCAUGUACUCUGGGCUCGAAGCAUUUGUCCUGAAAGGCAAAGUUCCCUGGACCCUCAAGCAUAAAGAGCCCGACUACGCCGCUACGAAGACCGCAGACCAGUGCAAAAAGAUUGUGUACGAGAAGCCUGAUGGAAAAAUUAGCUUUGAUAUCCUAACCAGCGUCAGCCGCACUGGCACGAACCACGAGGAGGACCAGCCUGUCCAUUUGAAGGUCAAGGAUUGGGAUAAGCAUGCCCAGGAGGAGUGGCCUUUGUACAAGGGUAUUGAGAAUCGCUUCUGUCCCGCCGGGGUAUAUGAAUAUGUUGAGGAUGAGACGAAGGAUAUUGGUGUCAGAUUCCAGAUUAAUGCACAGAAUUGCAUCCAUUGCAAGACGUGCGACAUUAAGGUUCCCAAUCAAGGAAUCAAUUGGACCACACCUCAAGGUGGAGAGGGACCAAAAUAUUUCAUGACAUAG